UUGACUCUCAGUCCCCUCCUUCCCUUUAACUCCCAGCCCCGCUUGCUCAGCCCUCAGUGCAGGAUUGGCCUUCCAGCGCUGCAGCCAGCCAGCAGGACAGAGCCUGGUGCCAGUGAGGCUGAGAUAGCAGAGCCAGCAGAACCCAUUGCAGAGCCGAGCCAUGGGAGUGGAUAUCGAGACUAUCACCCCUGGAGACGGAAGAACCUUUCCAAAGAAGGGACAGACAUGUGUUGUCCAUUACACAGGGAUGCUGCAGAAUGGGAAGAAAUUCGACUCCUCCAGAGACAGAAACAAGCCUUUCAAAUUCAAGAUUGGACGAGGGGAAGUGAUCAAAGGAUGGGAGGAAGGAAUUGCACAGAUGAGCUUGUGUCAGAGAUCAAUGUUGACCAUCACACCUGACUUUGCGUAUGGAGCAACAGGACACCCAGGAGUCAUCCCACCCAACGCUACCCUUCUCUUUGAUGUGGAGCUUAUGCGAAUAGAGUGAACUGCAUGGAGAAAGGGCUGGCCAGAGAUCUAAUGACACCACCAUAAUGACACCAUCAUCCUCUUCCGUUACUUACAGCCCUCCUCCCUGCUGGAGCAGAUUGCCAGAUGUCCACUCCAGCAGCGAGAGGGUAAACAAGUCUUCACAUUUAAACGCUCGAGCUGACAAAGGAGGCAGUGACGGCAUUCUCUGCAGCCUCCUCUGACAGCAAAGGGCUUAACAGUGGGACAGGGUUGCACUUAGGUGUGUUGUGAGCAAUCUAUAAGCGACAGACUGAUUCUGAUAAUAAUCACUAGUUUAAGCACAUGAACCAGUUUUCCAGAGGAAUUCUGUAGAUAUAUCUUGGGCAGAUCCAUCCCCAAUAGAUGGAAAAAUAAGUGAACAGAACUACUGUUGUGGCAUGAAGACAAGAUGUCCUUACAGUUGACUCAGAACCUAGAAGUGACCCUGUCUUCUGCUUCUGAAAGAGGUAGUCCCAGACAGCGGGGGAUCUAAAUUUACAAGACUACUCCAUUUGUGUUGGCUUGGAAGGGAUAAAAUACCUACACUAAAAGUGAAACCUUUAUUUAUUUUUUAUAUUAUUUUUAACCAGUUUUAUAGUAAUUACACCUGGUAAUGGUGAUGUAAAGAUCAUUAAGUAUAAAAGUAUAAGAAAAUUACAACAACAUACUAAGUUUUGCACCAUUAUUUGGUGCAUAUUUAAUUCAAUGUAAGUUGCUUGUCUCAUACAGGUGCAUUUUUUCCCAAUGGUUUGUGGGUACCGAGCAAGAAACUGCUUGAUGUACUUAUGGUUUCACGAAACUGUGAUUUAUGAUAACCCAGCACCUUUAUCAAUUUCAUGGCAGCCUUCUCAUUGUAUUUCAUACAGUAUGCUAUACGUGAUGUAAUGUAAAAUCCACCUUUUUUAUCCCCCUUGGUUGUGGAUUUUUUAAAUAUACAUUUUUUAAAAUAUUUGUUAAGAAAUUCCUGCCAGUCAAUGCUGUGUAGUGUCCUGUGGCCAGUGGUCUUUGCCUGUAGAUCAAUAUUUGUGACAUGUGUUACUAAUAUUUCCGCUGUGUGGGACUACCCCUUGAAGAAUGCUCAAGAAAACUGACCUCUAUUACUGAAAAAGUACACAUCUAAGUAUCUUCCCAGAUCUUGGUCUGUGCCCAGGAGAAGAGUUAAAAAAAAAAAAAAAAGAUAUUAAAAAAUUACAUUAAAUAUAUAUACGCUUCACAACCAGGGGGCGCUCAUUGCUAUUGUUAUUUUACUUUUUUUUUUAAGUCCUGUCAGUACUUUUUGUCUUGAAGCGUAAAGCUUUGUUGCUUUCUGUGAAAAUAUACAAAAAAAACAAACAAAAAAAAAACAAGAACAGAAAUUCUGGCUACAACACUAUCUCUAAGUUGUAAAUUUUUAUUUUAUUUUUUAUUCCACAUUCCCCAGUUGGAUAUUCAACGUACUUCUGGCUACUGUGGAAUUAAUCAUUUUUAAUUUGCAUGUGACAUGACUCACACUAACAAUAAAAUAAUCUUUUUAAAAAAAACCACUGCCUUACAGAUGAUCAUUUAGUGACAUAAAGGACGUUGCUCAGAAAAUUCUGUGCACAAUGUAUGCGUUGAUGGGCAUUAAACAGAUAUCUGAACUGUCACACUGACCCAAACCUUUUAGUCUCGCUUGCUGCUGUUUUAAACAAAGCCUCUCCUUUAAAUACAUAUAUACAGAUCUAUAUAUAUGAAGAAACAAAUAAUAAAAGCUCACUACUUUAAAAGUU